UUUGACAGCCAUUUUAGCUUAUUUGGCUUUUUGCUAUUUUUAAGAAUAUAUAAAGCGGACCCGAACCAAGCGCACCCGAACCCAAUAUAUUGGCUUGUAAUAAUGGAUAUUUUUAAAAAACUCACGUGUGGGGCGAAAUUUAAACGUAAAAAAUAUAUCACUGAAAAGUCGAUUGAUAUUAUCAAUAAUAGAUCUUCAAACAUAACUGUGAAACAAGUAGAUAAAGAGCUUAAAGAAUCUGAUAAAAUCAGCUUGAUUAAAUCACUAGAGAAAAUAUAUAUUCUAAGAAAACAAAAUAAAAUCUAUGUAUAUGGAACUGAUAUCCCUGAACCUAUUAGUAAAUUUGAUGAUAUUAUUAGUUCGUCACAUCAAACACUUUUCUUAAACUUGAUAAAAUUAGGCUAUAAGGAUCUUACUCCAGUUCAAAUGCAAAGCUUACCGUUGAUGAUAGGAAGGCGCGAAAUAUUGGUAUGUGCCCCAACCGGAAGUGGGAAAACUGCGGCAUUUUUAGUUCCUAUAAUCAUACAUUUAAAGCAUCACAAACCUAAAGGUUUCCGGGCUUUGAUCAUAUCUCCUACUAGAGAACUCUGUAGGCAAACUUAUUUGUUCUGCAAAGCCUUAACGAUGGGUACAAAAAUUAGAACUCACUUAUUGCCGAAAAUGAACAAUCCUAAAUGUGUUAAAUACAAGGAUCAAAACACGAGUUUCGAUAUUCUUUUAACGACUCCUAAUCGAUUAAAUUUUUUGUUAAACAAUACUCCACCGUUAAUAAAUUUAUUAAAUAUCGAGUGGCUAAUCAUAGACGAAUCCGACAAACUGUUUGAAAUUGGUUUUAGAGAUCAGUUGACGAACAUUUAUCAAGCCUGCAAUACAUCCAUAACGAGAAGAGCCAUGUUUAGCGCUACCUAUUCAAAUCAGUUAGACAUUUGGUGCAAAGAAAAUUUAUAUAACUACGUUACCGUUUGCAUAGGAUCCAGAAAUACACCUACUGAUACUGUUCAACAAGAACUUUAUUUUGCUGGCAAUGAAGCUGGAAAGAUCACCGGCCUCAAACAAUUAAUUCAAAAGGGAUGGGGGCCACCUGUCAUUAUUUUCGUUCAAUCCAAAGAAAGGGCACAACAAUUAUACACUCGAAUUUGUGAUGAAAAAAUAAAUGUCGAUGUUAUUCACUCUGAUAGACCUCAAAUCGAAAGAGAUAGAAUCGUCCUAGAAUUCAGAGUAGGUAAAAUUUGGACCCUUAUUUGUACGGAUCUAUUGUGUCGAGGCUUGGACUUUAAAGAUGUUAAUCUAGUCAUUAAUUUCGAUUUUCCGACUACCUCAAUUAGCUAUAUUCAUAGGAUUGGUAGAACAGGUCGGGCUGGUAGAACUGGUAAGGCUAUAACAUUUUUUACACACGAGGACAUUCCAUACCUUAAACCUAUAUACGAAAUCAUAAAAAGAUCCGGAAACGCCUCUGAUAUAUUACUACCCGAAUACAUGAUGAGCCUUACAGCCCCACCAAAAAAUUUGAAAAAAUUGCUUAAAAAACGCGCUAUUAUAAGGCCCAGGGUCGGUUCUGAUAAAAUUUACAGUAAUAAAGAUGGUAAAGCCAAAAGAAGAAAGUCUAUCGCAGAUAAUAAUGUUAUCGCUGGAAAUGUCAUUAAGGUAACAAAAGCAUCUGCACAUAAAGGCAAAGAUAGAACAAAAGAUAAAAUAAAAUUUUCGAAAUUUGUUUAAAAUUGAGCGCAUUUUUUGUUUUCACUAUCUGUAUGAAUUUUUUAUGCUA